AUGCUUGUUCUAAUAGCUUUAUGCUACUGGGUUGUCUCUCGCGAGGCGCAAGAAGAAUGGCAAAGCGACGAGUUCAGCAGAGAAAACGGGCAAGCGGCUUUCAAACCGAUCGUGACCCCUCAACACGGGGCGGGAAUCUGGACAGUGGUAUUCUCGUACUACUGUCUGUUUAUCCAUGGGCUCGUGUUCGUCUUCCCCGUCCGGGCAUGCUGGUCGGUUUGGACCAUGACCCAAUCGCUCAAGAAGGCGGCCCAGAGCAAGGCAAUUGAGGACUACAAAAGGACCAUGGUGCGCCGUCGUGUAUCUUUGACAUCUGUUAGCAGCUCUGCGACACUUACCUCGGAGACUCUGGCUACGGAGAGCAAUGCUUGUUCGUCAAUGUUCAGCGAGACCAGUGACCAUGAGAUUGAAAACUACACAGAUGCCACUGAAUACAUGGAAGAUGCUGUCAUUCACGCGAUUAUCAUUCCUAAUUACAAGGAGGAGAUGGACACCCUCAAAGAGACACUGGACGUCCUGGCCUCGCAUUCCCAGGCUCGAAAUUGCUAUGAUGUCUACCUCGGAAUGGAACAGCGCGAAGUAGAGUCUGAAUCAAAGGCUCUCAAGCUCAUCCAUGAAUUUGUCAACAAGUUCCGCUCCAUCGACUUCUCUAUACAUCCUGCAGAUAUUCCAGGGGAGGCCGCUGGAAAGGGCAGCAAUCUGGCUUGGGCUGCACGCAAACUCAGUGUCAAGUAUUCGAUGGGGAUGAGGCAAAAUGUCAUUGUGACUGGAAUUGAUGCGGACAGCCAUCUUUCAUCUAGCUACUUCACCAGCAUUACCAGCAUGCAUCAUGCCCACCCUGACACAGCGUCGACGACACUGUAUGCCGCGCCGAUCAUCUUUGAUCGCAACGCCCAUGCCGUACCGGCGAUUGUCCGCGUGGCUGACAUUCUUUGGUGUGCAGCCGGAAUCUCUGGUCUCUACAAGGGCUCAGUUAUAGCCCCCCCUACUUCAGUCUACUCUCUGCCUCUGAUCCUGGUUGACCGUGUCGGCGGCUGGGACUGCGACGCUGAGGCCAUUGGUGAAGAUUUACACAUGUACAUUAAAUGCUUCUUUGCGCUCAAUGGCAACUUGACCUGUCGGACCGUGCUUAGCCCCGUAAGCCAGAGCAAUGUCACGGGCGGCGGGAAAGGAGGCAUCCGGGGAGCCGUGAAGGACAUCAAGGCACGAUAUAAGCAGGCUCUCCGUCACAUGUGGGGAGCAUUGGAUACUGGGUUCGCCCUGCGCAAGGCAGCUGAGAUGUGGAAAGAUCGCAAACAGACGACGAGAACCUUCAGGCCUCUUCACAGCCAGGGCAACGAAUCGAGCCUGUAUAUUCCCGACAUUGAAUUCACGAGCACCGCCGACGUGUCGGCUGCGAACGGCAUCUUCUCGGACCUGACCCAGGACACCAUCAAGGAACCGCACUUGGAGAAGAUAUUCUAUCUCUUCCACCGACUAUUCGAGGCGCACUUUUUACCCGUCCACAUGACCAUUCUCGUCUUUGCUUCCGCGCUGUACGUCUGGUUUGCAGACGGCAACGGUGACCCCCACAAUGUCGCCUGGAUCUUUGCGGUAUCCAACAUGUUGCGGACCAUGGGGUUCAUGGGUGUAGCCUGCUACCUGUUUCUCUAUGAAAGCUACCACCGAAUCUGCGUAGCCUCACGCGAGAAGGAAAUGACGCGUGCCAAGCUCGCAGACGGCAUGUGCUUCUCUCACCGCUCGGUCAAGAAGAACUUUGUCGACUACAUCCUCGUGCCGGUCGUGGCCCCCCUGUACGGCGCCAUCCCCUGCGCCCAGGCCGAGAUAUGUCAUCUUUGGACGGUGAAUCUCGUGUACGCGGUCAGCAAGAAAGUCACACGGCAGAGGGCCAGGUCCAAGGCUGCAAUGGACAUGGCGUGA